AACGUGGUGCUUGUACUUUCUUAUGUAAUUUAAUAAAAACUGUUGAAAAUGGACCACGACACUAUAUAUAUUGAUGGAGAGUUUGUACUACCCUCAACAGACCAGCGAAUGUUUAAAAACUCGGCUCAAGCUAUAUUUUUAGUUGCCGCUUUUUGUGGAAAAGUAAACGUGAACGUUUGUUUAAUUACUGAUCAUACCGAAAAUGGUCAUUUUGCGACUUGUGGAUUUUCUGCUCCAAAAAACGUCUUUAACAAUGUAAGUUACAUUUCCUGGGAUAAACUACCAGAAGAUAUUGCGGCAUGUUCAUUGCCAUCUGUUUCUGUGAAGAAAGGGCUGAAGAUUAUUUCAGGGCUUUGCCAAGUUUUAAGAUAUGUCAUUCAUUUUAUGUUAAAGCAUGGAAACGGCAGCAAACUGCUGAAGAGACUGUUGGGGCAUAAGCAGUGCUGUCUUAAAGCUUCUUCUGAAAUUAGCUCGCGAACUAAUCUAUGCGAAGUUGCUGCCCCUAGAGUAAUUGAUGAGUGGAUAUCUUCUCAUUGGGAUAUGACGCAAAUCUCUGUGAAAAUAUUGCCGUCCGCCAUUUUGGAUUUUGAAGAUCACAUGAGCAAACCGAUUGUGAUUCACAACAUGGACAAAUGGCAAAGAAUCGUGCUUGAAAGAUUGGAGAAUGUAAAUGCUUCUGAACAACCUCCGCACAAAAAAAUGAGAACUAAAAGGAAAGUUGUUAACACAAAAGAUUUGCCACCAAUGGAGCAUGUAUUUGCUGAAGGAAUUGAACUAAUGGUAUCAGAUUUAGCACUGCUUCCAUGCGUUCAUGCUUUUACCCAUUUUUUUAGGAACAAAUUGCAAGAACUAAAAAAUCACAUGCCGUUAAUUCUUCUCUGGUACCAUAGGCUUCAAAGUAUGAAGGAUGUCACAUGUGCAGCGUCGCUCUGUGGUGUAAAUUUGAUUAAUGUGUCUAAGUAUGUGGGAAACAAAGUCACUCACUUUGAAAAUGGUACAUACCAAGUCUUAGAACUACACAAUAGUGUGAGUUGCAACAGUCGGAAAACUAUCUCACUAAAUAGUAAUGGUACCGAAGACAACAAUACAGUAAGCAAGUCUAACAAGAAGUUGCUUGAUAUAACUCUACGACGUGAUCUGCCAGGUCUAAUUGAAAAGAUAACAUCCAAUAUCUAUGUUGAGUUUGAAAAUCUUAGUCGGGAAGACAUUGUAUUAAAUUGGAAAAAAUUACCUUCGGGUGUUCAUCCUACAAAAGGUGAACUUUCUCUUGCAAGAGCUUCUAGGAAAUGUCAUCAGAUUGAAAACCUUGUGGGGUGCGUUGUGAAAGUAUGUGAGGAAGGGGAUGUACUGGUUGACUUCUGCAGCGGAGGCGGACAUGUUGGUAUCGUUCUUGCUCAUCUACUUCCCUUGUGCAAAAUCAUCCUUGUUGAAAAUAAGGAAGAAUCAUUGGAGAGAGCCAUGCAGAGGAUCCAGGAAUUAAAUCUUAAAAACAUAAUGAUUUAUCAGUGCAAUCUUGAUCAGUUUAUGAAGAAGUUUGAUAUUGGUAUAGCUUUACAUGCAUGUGGUGUUGCUACUGACAUGGUCUUACAAAAAUGCAUUGAUCAGAAAGCAUCUUUCGUAAUAUCUCCUUGUUGCUAUGGUAAAAUCCAAAACACUAAUACACUGUGCUACCCACAAAGUGAAAAGUUUAAAUCGCAUAAUGUUACUUAUGAACAACUUGUGCUCCUUGGACAUGGAGGAGACCAGACAUCCUGGAACUUUGACACAGAAAAAGCUAAGCAGGGUAAACAGUGCAUGGGACUUGUGGAUACAGAUAGGAUAGAAUAUGCUAAGACUAAAGGAUAUACUACCAGCAUAUACACCAUGCAACCUGGUGAUUGUUCGCCAAAAAACAAUUUGAUUGUUGGAGUAAAGAACUGAUUUUUGAAAGUCAUGUUAUAAUUUUGAUUUAUUAUUUUAAAUAAAAUUCUAAUUGUGUUUUAUUCUUCCAAAACGUUUUUUUUAUUCAUGUUUCACUCAUUAUUGUUUUUAAUGUUUUUGAUGCUGUAGGCAGUACCACUAUGACUAGCAUUUUAUCCUGGGACAAUUUUGACAAACAGUUUGUAUUUUAGA